AUGACCUUUAAAAGUUUAUAUAAGAGGCCUUCAGACUAUAUAAAAAUUGAAUCAGGAAGGAAAGUUAAAUUACUGAUCUUUUUUGAAUAAAUGACUCUCUCCAAAUAGCUGAUUAGUUAUAAUCAAUUUAAAGCUUUAUUUUCACAGAAAAAGUUCACCAAUUAUAAUAUAUUUAAUAAUGAUUCUACAUAAUACUUAUUCCGCUUAAAUAUCUAAUAAUUUGCUAAAAAGAAGCUUUAUAAUUUUUAUUUUUAAAAGAUGAACUCAGCUACUUAAAACAAUUCGAUUUUGUUAAAGUCAAUGAUAAAAAAGUAUGGAACCAAAAAUUAUGAAGAUAAAUAAUUGGAUUAAAUGCUUUUGAAACUUUUUAAAGCUAAUAUUCUCGUCUCAAUUACUUAAGAUAAUAAGAUCAUUUAUUCAUAGGAUGGAGUCAUUCUAAGAAUGUAAAUGAUCUAUAAUAAAUAUGCAAGUGAAUAAAUUUAAGACUCCUCUAAGGAUUUUGAACUCUUAACUAAUAAGGAAUAAAUCAAUAAUCAAUAUUGGCGAGGUAAAUAUGACUAAAAUUAGCUGAAAGCUGGUAAAUGGACAGCUGUUUGGAAGGAAGAAGUUCUUAGUCUAGUUGGUGGGUACUAUCGAUAUGGAUUAAAGUAAGGCUAAUGGUGUGAAUUAACUAUGAAUUAUUGGAGGUAUAUAUUAAUUAAAAAAUAGAAAUAAUAGAUAUCAAGUAUAUGAAAUAGGAGAAUACUAUAAUGAUAAAAAAUAUGGGCAAUGGAUAUAUCUCCAUGAUAAUUAAAAGAUGUAUAUUAUAUCUUUUUUAUUAAGAUCUGGUGGAUGGUAUGAUGAGAAUGGAUAGAAGAAUGGUAAAUGGAAUGAAUUAAGUGAUGGUUUUAUGAAUGAAUCAUAAGUCAUUUAUGUAGGUGAAUAUAAAAAUGGUAAAAAAUUGGUAUGUGGAAUAUUUUAUAUAGGUGGAAUAAAAAUCAACGAUUCAAAAAAAUGUAAAACUAUUAAUAAAAGUUAAUUUUUAGUGGUGGAGGAAUAUAUGAUUAAAUUGGCUCAAUUAAGAUUGGAAGAUGGAUUGAAUCGAAUGAAGAUUAAUUGAAUA